AUGAAAUUCACAUCCGUCCUCUUCUCCAUCUCCGUCUUUGUCCUUGCCGCUUCAACACAAACGACAGAAACCCUAUCAUAUGACAGCACGUACGACAACGCCACCCUCUCCCUUUCCAGCGUCGCUUGUUCAGACGGCGCUAACGGGCUUGAAUCAAAGGGAUACACGACCCUUGGAUCACUUCCCACAUUCCCUAACGUUGGCGGUGCUUACACCGUGACGGGCUGGAAUUCCGCUGCGUGCGGGACCUGCUAUAACGUCACAUACGGAGAUAAAUCCGUCGCUGUCCUCGUGGUCGACGUAUCCAAAGCUGGCUUCACCGUUUCAGAGGCGGCCAUGAACACCUUGACUGGUAACCUGGCCACUGAGCUGGGAAGAGUGGAUGUUACGGCAGCCCAAGUGGAUACGUCCGUAUGUGGCUUGUAG